AUGGAUCCGACUAAAUCCGAAGAGCCCCUACUAUCGGACAGGGUCCUGGUCAACGGCAGUGAGACGACGGCGAUCCUGACCUCCGGAGGUCAACUCCGGUGGUCUGACCGGAGUCUGGAUGUAGAGGAGGAGGUAAUCGGGUUUUCAGUCGAGGGUUUGAAGAUUAAAAUCAGAAUAGUAGAGUGUACGGCUGGACUCUGCUGUUUUGCCAAGUCAACCAUCAUGAGGAAGAAUUUUACUCUUGAAUUCUCAUCGAAUAGUUCUCUUCACUCAUGGGCUCAAAAUCUCCAUGAAAUUCUCGAUGCUCUAGGUAGGCCAAAGAGGCUGUUUAUAUUUGUGAAUCCGUACGGCGGGAAGAAUUCGGCCUUGAAGAUAUUUGAGACCGAAGUAAAGCCUUUACUUGAUGAUGCUAAUAUUGACUUCACAGUGCAAGAAACUAAAUAUCAGCUUCAUGCAAAGGAAGUUGUUCAAGAGCUGGAUCUUACAAAGUACGAUGGAAUUGUUUGUGUUAGUGGAGACGGAGUUUUGGUCGAGGUAGUUAAUGGAUUGCUCAACAGGGAGGAUUGGGAUGCUGCUAUAAAGAUUCCUCUUGGAGUAGUACCUGCAGGAACUGGAAAUGGGAUGAUAAAAUCGCUUCUAGAUUCAGUUGGUCAACCUUGUGCAGCAUUUAAUGCUACUCUUGCUGUUAUUCGAGGGCAUAAGCGUUUGUUGGAUGUAGCAACUAUAUCACAAGGAGACACCAGAUAUUUUAGCGUGUUGAUGCUCGCGUGGGGUCUUGUUGCUGAUAUCGACAUUGAGUCUGAAAAAUACAGGUGGAUGGGGAGUGCUCGAAUAGAUUUCUACGCCCUACAGCGAAUAUUUGGCCUGAGAAAGUAUAACGGAAGUAUAAUUUUUGUGCCCGCUUCCGGCUAUGAAACUUAUGGAGAACCACUCGACCAUGCAGAUGAUCUCAUUGUUGAAAUUGAAAGCGGAAGUAAUUCUGAUAAAGAACCCACCAGAACUCAACUGUAUGGUUAUCAUGGUCCUCAUGUUGAUAUAAAAUGUUUAAACUGGCACAAGAUUGAUGGCCCUUUUGUUUCAAUCUGGCUUCAUAAUGUACCUUGGGGAGGUGAAGAUGCUAUGGCAGCACCUGAUGCUGAGUUUUCGGAUGGUUGUUUGGACCUGAUCAUGAUAAAGGACUGUCCAAAGUUAUCCUUGCUAAAGAUAAUGACUGAGUUGAGCAACGGAGGCCAUGUCAAAUCCCCAUACGUAUCUUACCUCAAGGUGAAGGCUUUCGUCUUGCAGCCUGGCUCCCGAACUGAAAACCCGGCCAAGGAUGGGAUCAUCGAUGUGGAUGGUGAGGUUCUGGCCAGAGGUAAAGGAACAUACAAGUGUGACCAAAAGAGCUUGAUGGCUUAUGACAAACUGCUCAUUAAAGUGGAUCAGGGGCUGGCUACUGUAUUUUCACCCAUUUAA